CAAAAAUCCCGGUUCCGCAGAUUGGCCGAGCUGACAAGCGCUGCCAAGACCAGGCCGCGCAAACUGCUGGGAGACGUGCGGCUGCCUGCACUUUCUUCGUUGCUGCAACCAUCCCUGUUGUCGCUUGUCUACGUUUACUGUCGUCUUCUUCUCAGUUGCCGUUCUGCAACCGCAGCAGCAUUGACUACAACAGUAAGUGGUGGAUUCUGGCUGGGACUUGGGCUUGGGAGUCAGGGAAGGCGCCAGGCGCGGACUGAACGAACCCGGGAGCCCGCCAUCUCCCUCUAGCCAUCACUGUUGCGAUCUCCCCUCCCAGAAAGAGGAGAAAGCUCUAGUGAGAGGAACUCUCUGUCUCAGUUCCCAGCCAGUUAGCUCGUUUCUGACAAAAAUCUAAAGAGAGGACGGACAUAGUCUCUCAGAUCGCAAAAAAUUGGACUGUGUCGACUAUUUGUCAGCUCGUUAAGCCAAAGGCAGCUUUGCUUUGGCCACCUAAGCCUUGAGCCAUGUCUCCUCCGACUGUGCCUCCGACUGGGGUAGAUGGUGUGUCCGCUUACCUGAUGAAGAAAAGGCACACUCACAAGAAACAGCGGCGUAAGCCCACUUUCCUCACUCACAGGAACAUCGUGGGCUGCCGCAUUCAACACGGCUGGAAAGAAGGCAAUGAGCCAGUGGAGCAAUGGAAGGGUACUGUGCUCGAGCAGGUUUCCGUGAAGCCCACUCUGUACAUAAUUAAAUAUGACGGCAAAGACAGUGUGUACGGACUAGAACUGCACAGAGACAAGAGAGUUUUAGCUCUGGAAAUUCUUCCUGAAAGAGUUCCUUCUCCUCGCAUCGAUUCUCGCCUGGCAGAUUCCCUGGUUGGGAAGGCAGUCGGACAUGUGUUCGAAGGUGAGCACGGUAAGAAAGAUGAGUGGAAGGGCAUGGUGUUGGCGCGAGCCCCCAUAAUGGAUACUUGGUUUUACAUCACCUACGAGAAAGAUCCGGUCCUCUAUAUGUACACCCUGCUGGAUGACUACAAAGAUGGUGACCUGCGUAUUAUUCCAGAUUCCAACUACUAUUUCCCUGCAGCGGAGCAGGAGCCUGGGGAGGUGCUCGACAGCCUUGUGGGCAAGCAGGUGGAACACGCCAAAGACGACGGAUCCAAGAGAACUGGCAUUUUUAUCCAUCAGGUGGUGGCCAAGCCAUCUGUCUACUUCAUUAAGUUUGAUGAUGAUAUUCACAUCUAUGUCUAUGGUUUGGUGAAAACUCCCUAAGUUUAUAGUACUCUUUGCAAAACUUGUGGAACUAUUAGGGGUAAAAUAGUUUCUCAAAGUGAUGUGUUUUGAGAACAAUUUUGAUGUCAAAAGUUCAGAACAGUGGAUAAAUCUUAUUGUGCCUCCACAUUGACUAUUUCCCAGUUUUGACCUCUGUUUAUGUUGGUAAUUUCGCUGUUUAUUUGUUUUGUAGUUGAAAAUUUAGAUUGGUUGCUAAGAGGAAGAAAACGAAAAGUGUUUGGAUCCACUGAAACAAUUCAAAAGUAGAUAAACUGUGUAACAUGUCUUUUACUCCCUUCC